AUGGGCUUCGCCACCUUGCAGAAACGCGCCGUUUCAAGGAGAGAUGAUGUUUGGUUUGCAGCACUCAGAAGGUCUCGCAUUCACAUGACUUGGAGUGAUCGUGGUGCUAUAUGCCUUGAGCACUUCUUGCUAGAGGGGCUCAACCUUCAAGUCGUAGAGAAUGUAGAAGAAGUUGAGUUUAUUUUGCCCCAUGGUACUAAAGCUUCGGGGCUCCCUUCGGGAGAGGCACGUCCCACUAGUCUUAAUGAUCUUGAAAAAAUAUUGGAGCUUUGUGCAGCUAAGAAAAUUUCAAUGAUUGUAGCCAAUCCAGAUUAUGUGACCGUUGAGAAAAUAUAUAAAUCAGCGAUGAACAUGGUCGGUGUUGACACUAAAGACUCUAUUGCUGUGGGCAAUGCCCUUCAGCAUGAUAUUAUGGGAGCCAAUGCAGCUGGAAUCCAGUCAGUAUUUACUACUAGAGGAACCCAUGCAAAUGAACUUGGACUAGGCAGUUUCAGAGAAGUUGCAGACUUAUCUUCUGUCCAAACUCUUUCAUCAAAAUAUGAUGCACAUCCAUCAUAUGUGUUACCAGCGUUCAUAUGA